AGAGAAAGUAGGGAGGAUGGUGCGGGUGGUGCGGGGCGGCGGGCGGCAGGCGCAGCACCGGCGGCAGCCACCACAGCCACAGCCGCGACGGACCGGGCCCCAGCGCGCCCCGCCGGGUGAUAUUGAGUUCUUCUUAACUUGCUAGUGCUCAGCCUCCUCAUGCCUCCAUCUCCUUUAGACGACAGGGUAGUAGUGGCACUUUCGAGGCCAGUGAGACCUCAGGAUCUCAACCUUUGUUUAGACUCUAGCUAUCUUGAAUCUGCCUCUUCUGCCAGUGAGAGCCACUCCAGUCUGCUCGGCACAGCUGUCGUGUCCCUAAAGACUGCUAAUCUCACGUAUAUGCCCUCAUCCAACGGCUCUGCACGCUCCCUGAGUUGUGGAUGCAGCAGUGCCAGCUGCUGCACUGUGGCAACGUACGACAAGGACGCUCAGGCCCAAACUCAAGCGAGCACCAGCAGCGCCGGAGCCUCCACUGCCUGCCCUGCCAACCAAAUGGUCAACAGCAAUGAGAACGCCGGCAGCUUGAGCCCGCUGGGCAGCGUGGGGAGCCCGGUCUCGGGCUCCACCAAGCAACUCGCUAGCAUCAAAAUCAUUUACCCCAACGACCUGGCAAAGAAGAUGACCAAAUGCAGCAAGAGCCACCAACAGAGCCAAGGGCCUGUCAUCAUUGACUGCAGGCCGUUCAUGGAGUAUAACAAGAGCCACAUUCAAGGGGCUGUCCAUAUUAACUGUUCUGACAAGAUCAGCCGGAGAAGGCUUCAGCAGGGCAAGAUCACAGUCUUGGACUUGAUCUCCUGCCGGGAAGGCAAGGACUCCUUCAAGAGGAUCUUUUCCAAAGAAAUCAUAGUCUAUGAUGAGAAUACCAAUGAGCCAAGCAGAGUAAUGCCUUCCCAGCCACUCCACAUAGUGCUGGAGUCACUCAAGCGAGAAGGCAAGGAACCCCUAGUCCUAAAAGGAGGACUCAGCGGUUUCAGGCAGAACCACGAAAACCUCUGCGACAACUCCCUCCAGCUCCAAGAGUGCCCAGAGGGGGGAGGCGGGAUUGGUGCAUCCGCCGUGCCCCCCACGCUACCUCAGUCCAUCCCUACCACGCCAGACAUCGAGAACGCUGAGCUCACCCCCAUCCUGCCCUUCCUCUUCCUCGGAAACGAGCAUGAUGCUCAGGACUUGGAGAAGAUGCAGAGGAUGAACAUCGGCUACGUAAUCAAUGUGACCACCCACCUGCCCCUGUACCACUAUGAGAAAGGCAUGUUCAACUACAAGCGGCUCCCGGCCACUGACAGCAACAAGCAGAAUCUCAGGCAGUAUUUUGAAGAGGCUUUCGAGUUCAUUGAGGAAGCUCAUCAGUGUGGAAAAGGUCUCCUCAUCCACUGCCAGGCCGGUGUCUCCCGCUCUGCCACCAUUGUUAUUGCGUACUUAAUGAAGCACACACGCAUGACCAUGACGGAUGCCUAUAAAUUUGUGAAAGGCAAACGACCAAUUAUUUCCCCAAACCUUAACUUUAUGGGGCAGUUACUGGAGUUUGAAGAAGACCUAAACAACGGUGUCACACCGCGCAUCCUCACACCAAAGCUGAUUGGUGUAGAGACCGUGGUGUGACGGUGAGGAUGCGUUCAAGGAAGGGGCUUCACCUAUUCUUCACCUGAUUUGGGGCAGUGAUGGGUGGGAGGUGGGUUUUUCUUUUUAGCUUUCAAAGGGGGGUUUUGUGGCAAUUUUUUUGUGAAUAAAAACCUUUUUUUUUGUAAGGAAAGGUUUUUUAAAAGAUCCAAGAACUUUGCCGUGUUUGGGAUGCUGUUGGGAUUUCCUUCCCAGAUGCUGGCAGAGCAGGGAGGUUUUGGAGCAAAAAGGAGUACUUUUUAAAAUCAAAACAAGAUGAAGAAGAAAUACUGGGUUUCCCCAUCUCCCCCUCCUUUUUAUUUCCCCCCCUCUCCAGCUACUUGUAGAGUUUAUGGCUAAGUAGUCUGUGCAGGUUCAUAGACUGAAGAAACCUAAGUUGAAGACGAAACACAAACAGCCAAAACAAAGCAGAUAUAAAACCCCUCCCUGAAACAGAAGGGCCUUCGUUCUGCAAAGGCUUUGCUAAAGAUAACCUAGCAAAAUGCUCACCGAUGCAAAGGAAAUUGGAGCAGCUUCAAAAGUCUGCAAGGCACUUUUCACACUCCUGACUCAACCUAAAGACAAGACAAAGAGAAGUUUAUUUGGCGUGUUUCAUGUUCCAGUUCUAUUUUUCUAUUUUGGGGUGUAAGGUUUUAACAGUAAGGGGACUUUGAUCAUUCUAUGCCAUAUGCCUUCACUGGCUUCUUGUGCAAUAAUAAUUUGGGGUUUGUUUUGAGUGUUCAAACCAGAUACUGUUGGCUGCCUACUAAUAAUUUCUGAAGUCUACUAGUGCAAUGGCAGCGGCUUGGUUCGGAAAGCAUAAAUGAGAGCAAUUAUUUCGUUCCUUUAUAUGAUUUUGAUCCUGGUUACAGUGCCAUAAACCUUGUUACAUAUGUAUAUCAGAAUGUACAAAGAACGAGCAAAGUUUAUUUAAAACUAUUUUUUUCGCACAAAAUAUUGGUGUGUUUCAGUUGUCUAUGUAAAAAAAACCCAACCCAAAAUUUGAUUAUAAAACAAAAAAUCUUUUGGAAAA